GCAAUUCACAGGAUUUGCUCACUAGUGAGCUUGAACCCGUAUUUUGGCAGCUUGAUACCUGUUUUGAAAGAGAUGACCAAAGCCUUUUUCAGGUUCCUUCCUGUGGUCGUCGUUUUGUACAUUGGGUUCCUGACGACGUUCACUAUGCUUGCCCGUGACCGACUGUCUCUGCGGCAAAUGUCAUGGAUUCUUGUGAAAGUAUUCUUUGGAUCGAGUGUCUUAGGAUUUGACAUCGCAUAUGAUAUUUCUCCGAUCUUUGGCUACGGUUUAAUGCUCUUGUUCGUAUCAAUGACAAAUUUGUUAUUGAUCUCCUCUCUGGUUAGCUUGAUGAGCAUGAGUCUAGAAGGGGUGCGUUUAUUUUGACUCGCUUUGAAAUCUCAUCUGCAGAUUGCUAAAUCAUCCUGCAUUAUAGGUCAUGGCUCAUGCGCGGGAAGAGUAUCGUUUCCAGUUCGUCGCACCCCUGUCGCGCCUACUGAUUCGAUCUCCAACUGUAUUAAUGUGUUGCCA